AUGCUGUUCUGCUUCCUUCUCUUGGCCUUGCUCGGCCUGGCUGCUGCUAAGCCUACUCACUUCGGCGCCAAGAUCCACUACAAGGAGAACUGUUCUGCACUCAUUGAGGAUGACGACUGGAUCAUCAGCGAUCUCGUGGAGUUCCAACCAAAGAUCGCUCACCUUUCGCCCUUCCUGGCGUUCAACGUCCGCGACAUCAACAAGGGUCUCCAGAUCAACACCACCUGCUCCAUCGUUCUCUCGUCCGGCAGCAACUCGACUUUGCACAACCCCAACCUCUUCCACGUCUGCGAGAACAGAAACAUGCGCUUCCAGUACAGCAACGGCAGCAUCGAGAUGUCCAGACUCUACCGCGAUCCAUGCCUCGGUGACUACCCUUACGACAGCGCCAUCGCUUGGGGGCAUGCUACUGCCAACUUCACCACUACCAAGACAGCGGGUGGCUCACUGCGCACCGCGACCCAGGUGCACGUGCCAAUCACAUCGCUGUCCUAG